AAUCCCUUCCUCGCCUCCUGUCCACCCCUGCUCCGAUCCGUCUUCUCGCUGCCUUCUGUCGCUGCGAUAGUUCUGUGCGCAUUUUUCUCGCUUCUGCCCUCCUCGAGUCCUCCGUGCCCUUUUGUGGGGAAAUUAAAUAACCCGAUCUCAUUUCCUCACGACCUUCUACCCUCCGUGAAAGGAUAAUCCCAACGCAGACCAUGUCUUCCGAGUCUCCCGAUCAGCAAUAUCAGGAGGCCAUUAACGGCCUGAAGCCGUUAUCCAACGUGGACCACUCGUUGCCCGCGACUGGCUCCGACCUCUCGCGGUUGAGUGGCCGAGCCGAAAUCGCCAUCGCCAACGGUCUGUCCAUGGACGAGGUGGAAGACGACGAGGAAGAAGAAGUCGACGAAGACUAUGUGGCGGUGGAUCAUGACGACAUCAAUGAAUUCCCCUACUGGUUUCGUCGCCCGCCGGUGCACCAUCGCACCCCGUUGGACGAGCUUCAUCCCUUCGUCCAGGUCCUGACCGUGUCCAAUGUCGAUGACUGCGUGGAGGUGGAACAGGCCUUCCCGGAGCAGGAACGCUGCUCCCGAGACAAAUUCAUCUACCGCCUGAACCGAUGUCCGGAACUCUGCCUGGGGCUGUUCACCCUCCCCAUUGUGAAGGACGGCGAGCCGAAACCUCGCCCCAUUCUGGUCGGCCAUGUUAUCGCGACUCGAACCUCGACAGAGCUGGUGACCGACAAGUCCAUGCAGCUUCCAGCGACCUGGAAGACCGAGCGGUUCGCGGUCGAGGAUGGCGAGACCGUCGGCCAUGACGAAUACGGCAGCACGAUUGCGAUUCACUCCCUUGCCGUUCGGCCUGAACACCAGGGCAAGCAGGUCGCCAGCACCCUGAUGAAGUCGUACAUCCAGAGAAUCAAGGAGGCGCAAAUCGCGGACCGUCUGUCCAUCAUCACUCAUGAUCAGCUGGUAUCGUUCUACGAGUCGUUCGGCUUCUCGAACCGCGGUCCUAGCAAGUGCCAGUUUGGCGGAGGCGGCUGGGUCGAUUUGGUUCUGGAGUUUAGCCACCAGCAGGAAUAAGAUCUCCAUGGGCUGAUCCACCUAUCUCUUCCUCCCUUCUUUUACCCCCCUUAAUACAACUUUAUGAUUUUUCUUUGCCUUUUUCUCUCUCACACAAUUCCCAUUCAAUGUUUCAUGCAUGGAUGCUUACGUUA